AUGACAGCAACUGCGGUGCCCACCUCCCAGGCAGUUGCUGAAUGGAUUCGAAUUUUUCCAAAGCAAGCAACAGAGAACUAUACAAGUUCCGUUACAUUUAUGAAACAACUUACAGUCGUAGCAGUUAGUACCAUAACGUUUUUAAAAAAUGUUCUUCCCGAAGAUUGUUAUAUGAUAGAAACUUUUGGAGGUAUUAAAUUACGAAUACUGAAAAAGAAAUGUACAGACGAGUGGGCACAGUUCCUGAGCACGGCCUUAACGCAGGCUUUUGAUGCAUUUGAUAAGAAAUAUCUUCACCAAUUAGCUUUAUGUUUUUACGAAGACGAGUGUAAGUUGGAGAAUUUGGUCGAGUAUCACAUUUUCGAGUAUAGCUAUAACGCUGAUGGGGUGACCAUGAAUGUUCACUCGAAAAACCGGGACAGUACAAAACACACAAUGCGGUAUUCGUUCGAAAAUGUGAGAGAGAAAACUGUCCAAUUAAUUAGGGCUUGUGUUGUCAUCAUGCAGUCUUGUCCGAGAGAGUUUUCUACGUCUUAUGAUGUAAGCUUGCGCCUUUAUUAUAAUGAAAACGCACCAGCGGACUACCAAGCACCAGGGUUCGUGAGUACGGGAGAUGAGGACCACUUGGAGCCAACAAUUCACGAGAAACUCAAACUUGGCUGGGUGGAAACGCCAUACCAUAAACUUGUGGCUCACUCGUUCUUUAAGGAACCCAUGAAGGCUAGUCAUGAGGCUAAUCCAACUCAGAAUCCACCGGUACUUUCCAAUGAUAUGGAACUAUCAGGUUCAGUUCAGAUGUCGACACCAGGGUCUGAAGUCCGUCUGUGUUGUCCCUGCAAUAAGUACGGGAUUUACGAUGCCUGUACACCGUCUGAAUUGCUUACUUGCUACUACUGUAAGUUACAGCAGCACGCGGCGUGUUUCGGCGUAGUGCGCAACUUGGUGUCGCGGGUGGCCCGCCACUGCUGCUCCAAGUGCUAUGACGUGGAUCCAUCCCGCACCCCCACUGAUACCAACCUGGCUUCCUUGAGUAUGAGGAAACGGGAGUGCCUAUGCAUAUUCCGACGUACAUUGGAGUUAUGUUCGGAAGUUCAGACCAUUGAGGCGCGGGACCUGAUAGAUAAAUUUGAUAUAACCGAGUCCAACGCUGCCAAGCUCAUGAAGUUACUUCAUUCAAAUAAAAUCAUACAGCAAGAUCCCCAGUCCAAUCUGACCACACCGCAGAAAAUAAUGCCGGAUCAGUUAAAAACAGUGAUGUCCAACUUCUUCCACACCACCGAGGACAAAAUAGUCGAUCGUCUGUUAGCCGAAAGUUUUGCGUCCCAGGAAAGUGUCCCGGAUCCCAUUUCUGAUGCGCUCAGUCCCAUGGAAAAGAUUUCCUUACAAAAUGCUUCCAAUAUAGCUCGAUACGUGGACAACCAUACACCUAUCGAGAAUAAUGCGAAUAAUGAAGAACUGAAUGAGUAUCGUGAGGUUGUAAUGUCGGAUGCUGUGGAGUCUCCAGACAAGAGAGUUGAGAAACGAAAGUUAGGAGACAAAGAAAAGACCUACAGAACUGGUGUUAAAACUAAGAGAGCUAAGGUUGUGCCUAAAGUUGUUACAUAG